AUGCGCAGCAGCCCAGCAGCCGGCUCUGUCUUCGAGGCACAGAACUUCUGGUUCGGACACUUUACUGUCGGCAACUCGCGAAAUGCAUCGAUUUUGAUCGACACAGGAUCCUCCGAUCUGAUCUUUAACCCCGGUAGCCGCUACUACAAGCCAGGCCCGCAUUCAAAGAACUUGCACCAUACGUUCUCUAUUCAAUAUGAAACCACAAAGCCGGACGGUUCCGGCUAUGAAAAGCUUUCCGGGAAUGUCUUCGAAGACUCGGUCACUCUUGUCGGAACCGACCUGACAACCCCUCAACAGCAGUUGGGCGUUGUCACGCAGUAUCAGCCAUCCAAUGCGCUGCCUUUCCCCGAAGAUGGACUGAUGGGGCUCGCCGGGCAGGAAAGCAGCCUCGGGGACUCGGUCACCAGUUGGUGGAAUAAGCUCUGCGCCUCUUCACUUAUCCAAGAGUGCCGCUUCGGCUUGGCGCUUGGGGCGGACGGCACGGGCUCCCAAUACUAUGGAGGCGUGGAGUACUCUGAGUUUGAGGGUGACUUGACGGUUGCCCCGUUGGAUUCUCAGUGGGCCUUGUAUGGCGAUCUGGCCGUCAAUGGAACUGCUAUCAAGAACGACGUUCUGAUCACGCUCGACAGCGGGACUGCAACGAUUAUUGCGCCUUUCGACGACGCCCAGCAGUUCUUUGAUGCUAGUGGAAUGGAAGGAAUCGAAGAACCGAAUGCGGAUGGCGUGACGGUCUUGAAGGGAUACUACAGCUGCCAGAACCCGCCACAACUCGGCUUCAAGUUUCCUUCUGCCUCUAACGAAACGGAGAGCCAGCCAGGGAAAGUCUUUGAUAUUGUCCCCCAUGGCCUCGAAUUGAAUUCCACUGGAUCGAGAUGCCAAAGUACAAUUGUCGGCAUGAGAGAUAUUCCUUUCUGGCUUGUCGGGCAAGCAUUCAUGGAAGGGAAGUAUGUUGAUCACAACACCGACGAUUCUACCCUUGGAUUUGCAGUGCUGAAGUAG